AUGGUUGCGGCUGAUACAACAAUGUCUGUCGACGAGAGCUUCAAGAUAACUCCCAAUCUUGAAGCGAAUGUUUCGAUUCACAAUGGCCUCAAGACGAUUGAAGUUGUCGUGGAUGAGAGCACCGCUCUACAUCGGGGUCUUAGGGCACGUCAUACUACUAUGAUCGCCCUUGGUGGCGCUCUCGGCUCUGGUCUAAUCAUUGGUACCGGAUCUGCUCUCGCUUCGGCCGGUCCAGCUCCAAUUUUGAUUUGCUACAGCGUGGUCGGAUUCGUCGUCUGGAUUAUGUUGACAGGGCUAUGUGAGAUGGGCACUUAUCUACCAAUCCCUGAGGGCUUCACCGGAUACGCUUCUCGAUUCGUGGACCCUGCGAUGGGCUUUGCUCUGGGCUGGUCCUACUGGAUCAAGUACUCAAUGUCAACCCCAAAUCAGCUAACAGCGGUCGCCUUGGUCCUCCAGUACUGGGUCCCAGCUGACAAGCUCAACCCCGGUGUUUUUAUCGCUAUAUUCCUCAUCGUCAUCAUUCUCAUCAAUUACAUUGGCGUCAAAUUCUUCGGCGAGUUCGAGUUUUGGCUCUCAAGCGCAAAAGUCCUUACUCUUGUCGGAGUUAUAUUACUUUCCCUAGUCCUCGCUUGCGGUGGAGGACCAGACCAUGACGCUAAGGGGUUCCGAUACUGGCACAAUCCCGGCGCGUUCAAAGAAUUCAAUGCAAAAGGGGAUCUGGGCCGGUUUCUGGGUGUUUGGAAUACCAUGGGGACAGCUGCCUUUGCGUACCUAUCCACUGAAUUCAUCGGCGUCACUGUGGGCGAGGCACAGAAUCCACGAAAAACCAUCCCGCGUGCUGCUCGGUUGAUCUUUUACCGGAUUUUGUUCUUCUACAUCCUCAGUGUUUUCUUCCUCGGUAUGCUUGUUCCAUAUAAUUCAAAGGAACUGGCAUUUGCCACUAAACAGAAUACCUCUGCCAAUGCGUCACCGUUUGUGGUUGCUAUCGUAUUGGCAGGAAUCAAAGUACUACCCGGCAUCGUGAACGCAUGUAUCCUAAUCUUCGUCUUCUCCGCCGCUAUUUCCGACCUCUACAUCUCUAGUCGAACCCUCUACGGCCUAGCACAAAGCGGCAAAGCUCCUCGUUUCCUCGCAAAAACAGACCGACGCGGUGUUCCCAUUCCCGCAUUGGCAGCAUCCGCCUUCAUCGCAUUGCUUGCCUUUAUGAACGUCUCCAGCGACUCCAAGGAAGUCUUCGGCUACUUUGUUAACUGCAUCACAAUGUUUGGAUUGAUUGUCUGGUGCUGCAUUAUCCUCAGUCACAUCAAAUUUGUCCAAGCAUGUAAAGUGCAAAACGUUCCUGUCGUUCACUAUCAAGCACCGUUGGGUUUUUGGGGAUCAUGUUUCGCGUUUUGUUUCUGUGUGCUGGUUGCGCUAACCAAAAAUUUCAAGGUCUUUAUUCAUACUGAGUCGACCGGGAACUUUGACCAUAAGAACUUCAUCGUCGGAUAUAUUGCUAUCCCGGUGUUUUUGUUCCUUUUCACAUGGUAUAAGAUCGUGUAUAGGACGAAGGGGGUGCCGGCUUCAGAGGCCGAUUUGUAUACUGGACUUGCGGAGGUGGAGUUACAUGAGAAAGAGUGGGAAGAGAAAGAAAGGGCAGAUGCGUUGAUAGAGAAGAGCAAGUUCACUAUUUUCUAUAAACGGUAUGUUUCGUGGUUGCUUUAA